AUGUGCUUAUUUCUGGACAUUCUGGGUUGUGGCAAGUUCAAAAAGAAGGGCCUUGAGAAUGAAGAUGAAUUAGCCAAGUGUUUUGCUGACAUUACUACUAUUGGUAUUGAUCAUUGGUCUCCUCAUGUUGUGAAUGUUGAAGCAACCGAAAAUGUUGAUGUGACACAAGAUGAGGCAACCAAUUUUGAGCCAGAAGGUGAUGAUUUCAUUCCUGAAACACAAGAUGAGGAUAUUGGUAUUUCUCCUUCACCUGCCAGUGGCAAGAGACUGGCAAGGCCUGUUGACAGGAGUGGUAAAAAAGCGAAGUCUGGAAAUGCAUUCCUAAUUCAAGAAGCAGUAACAAGUAUGGCAAGUUCAGCUAAUGAAUAUGUUUCGAAGAGACAUGGAAAAUAUUCUAUUGAGGAAGUGAUGGAGGUUGUGAUUGCUUGUGGGGCCGGCUAUGAUAGCAAUGAACAUUACAUGGCGUCUGAACUGUUUGUGAAGAAGGAGCAAAGGGAGAUGUUCAUGACCUUGCCUACUAAUGAGAUUAGGUUCAAUUGGCUUAGGAGGAAGUACAAUGAUAAAUAUGAAAAAUAGAAAUUGGCUUAGUGAGAGUGA